AUGAACAGAGUACAACACGGACAAACAAAGAAAAAGAAGGUAUUUGCUGACAACUUGAACGCAGCAUUUUCAAGACCACAACAAGACCAAGGUCAAUCAACAACAUCAUCCGAUCAUACUCCUUCUAAUAAUCCUCCUUCCCAUCAUCGCCAUCAUCAUCACCAUCGGGAUGGAAAGAAAAACAAAAAUGUAGAGCAACAACAAGGGGGUGUAAACGUUCCAGCUAGAACAAGCGAAAGUAGCACACCAUCCAAUACAUCUACCCGUGGUAGUCUAGUGCCGAGAAAAGACGCCGCACUCUUUACUUGCUGUAUUUGUUGUGAGGAUGCCCAUAUGCAUUCAAUUUUUGAGACAUGUAACCAUGUUGAUAUUUGUCACAAGUGUACCUUGAAACUUCGAGUUUUUAAUAACGACAAUAGAUGUUCGAUUUGUAAGAAUCCUUCCGACACUGUGAUUUUCUCAAGGAAUGCAAACAAAUCAUUCUCUGAGUAUAACAAGGAUGACUUAAUCUACGAUGAAACCUGGAAGAUAUACACCGACGAUUAUUUGCUGAUGAAUGAAUUGACAUCCCUACGGAGAAUAGAAUGUAAGAUAUGCAAAGAGCAAAAUGGUCUUGUGGUCAGUUUUGAAAAUACUCAACUUUUAAACCAUCACAUGAAUGAAGUUCACAAACUCAAUUAUUGUUCUCUCUGUUUAAAGAGUAGAAAAGUAUUUCUGGCAGAUCAAAAGCUUUAUACAUGGAAUAAUUUAAUGAAGCAUCUCAAGCUAGGAGAAGAAGAUGAAAAUGGCAGAAUUGAAGGUCAUCCUCUUUGCAAGUUUUGUAACAUUCGUUUCUAUUCAGAUGAUGAAAUUUUUGAUCACAUGUACAAACACGAGCGCUGUUUUAUUUGUCAGAAACAUGGCAUUCAAUUUGAAUUUUACAAAGACUACAAACAUCUCGAGAGGCAUUUUGAUGAAAAGCACUUUCUGUGUCCUUUCCAAGAAUGCAGAGAACAAGGAUUUAAAGUUUUUGAAAACGAAUUGGACUUAAUUGCUCACAAGAACAAGUAUCACUCCUCAGCAUCCUCCACAAAGCGCGGUAAGAUUGUGUUGGACCUAUCAACUCUAAGCAACAUUUCGAACGUUCCAAACGACGCCGAAAGAAGACAAAUUCGUACAGGAGAAAUUAAUUCUUCUGUCAUUCGUUUUGUGGAUACUGCUGGUGAUGGAUAUCACAAUGACUCACUUCACAAGUCAUCUUCCUCGACUUCUUCGGAUAAUAAGAAAAAGCACCACAAAGGAAGAAAAGAUGGUGGAAGCGGAGAUGUAAAAGAAAAGAAUAUUAACCUUGUGAAAAGAAUGAAAGAAAUGGUUUCAGAGUCUCAAUAUCAAGAAUUGAAGUUCUUAAGUACUCAAUUUUUAAGAGGAGAGUCCUUAGCGAGUGAAUACUAUGCCAAGAUUGUUUCCAUUCUAGGAGAAGAUAAGACUAAAGGAAUCUUCGAUCUGUUGGUUGAAGCAAUUCCUCCACAAGAUGAGAACAAGAAACAAGCCUUAAUAUUGGCAAAGAAUACAUAUCACUCACCUGAAUUUAACCCAAAUCUCAACAAAGAACAGUCAACUGCAACAUCAAAACAGCAAGAAAAAGUUCCACAAGAAAGCUGGCCAACUCUUUCUAACGCUCCUCAAUCAUCAUCCAAACCAAAUUGGAAUCCUGCUCAAUCAUCCAACACUCAACCAAAACCAAAGAAGGAGAAGCAACGCCCAUCACCUAUUUCACACAAUAUUGUGAGAACUCCUGAUCUGCUUUGGGGAGUCCAGGGAUCUGGCACACCACCAGCAAAGCUCGACAAGGAGCAAGAAUUUCCUUCCCUUACUUCCUCUUCCUCUCCUCCACCUGCCAGCAAAGUCAAAAAAACCAAUUCAAACUGGACCAAACCAUUGAAAACUGUCGAUGAUGAAGACUCUAAAGACAAGCAUGAAUUUUCUGAAUUUGGCAACGUUAAAGUUUAUAAAUUCUCUGACAAGAAGAAGAAAAAGAAUAAAUAA